CAAAGUUGAGCGGUGGGGUUGUCAUGUCUUUGUUGCCUGUGUAGCACCUCAAAUGUUGUGAAUAGAAGUGCGGGGUAAAUGGAAAAAUAACCGCUAUCUUCACAGAAGAAAAAAAAAUCAAACACUGCCCAUAACAGUCAAACCACCCAAAAGAUGGAAGAAAAGCUGAAUGGAUCACUGCCGGUUGUCUCCCCAGAGUAUCUUCAUCAGUGGGUUCAGUCUGCCCAGCAGUUUCAGGCUCUCCAGGCCCAAUACUCAAACUUCAGCCGCAACCAUCAGUUCCACUACCCAGAGAAUCAGCCUGGAGAGGCAGACAUGGCGAAUCCAGAACCCAUGAUGGAUCAGCAGGAACCAGCCAACCUGACAAAACCCCCAGCCAAAAAGAGAGGCAGACCAGCUCAGCCCAAGGAACCAAAGGCACCCAAACCGCCAAAAGUCCCCAAGGCAGCAAAGCCACCUAAGGACCCAAAUGCACCUAAAGCAAAACCAGGUCCAAAGCCUAAGAAGGCCACUGAACCUCCAGCUGAUGGCAAACAGGAAAAGAUUGAUGAGACCUUCAAGAAGGUAAAGAGGAAAGUGGACCGUUUCAAAGGAAUGUCGGAGGAAGAGGUCAUGAAGAAGACUCUGCCAGAUCUGCUGGACUACAACCUGGACUAUGUCAUUAUUGGUAUUAAUCCAGGCCUGAUGGCAGCUUUCAUUGGACGAUGGUUCCCAGGUCCUGGAAAUCAUUUUUGGAAGUGCCUGUUUCUCUCUGGAUUUACUGAGGAGCAACUCAACCACAUGCAUGACAGCACCCUGCCUGCUAAGUACAAAAUGGGCUUCACCAACAUGGUAGCCAGGGCAACACCAGGAAGCAAAGACCUUUCAAGCAAAGAGCUGCGUGAAGGAGGCAAAAUUCUCGUGGAGAAGUUGAAAAAGUACAAGCCCCUUAUUGCAGUGUUUAAUGGAAAAUGCAUCUAUGAAAUGUUCUGCAGAGAGCUGUUUGGCAAAAAACCCAAAACUCUUGAAUUUGGUUUACAGCCCCACAAGAUUCCUGACUGUGAUGUGGCUCUGUAUCUGAUGCCUUCGUCCAGCGCUCGUUGUGCCCAGUUCCCACGUGCUCAGGACAAAGUCCACUUCUACAUCAAACUGAGGGAGCUCAGAGAUCAGCUGAAGGGUGUCCAAAGAAGCACUGAGAUCCAGGAGGUUAACUACUCAUUUGACCUUAAUUUGGCCAAGGAGGAUGCCAAGAGGAUGGCGAUAAAGGAGGAGCAGUAUGAUCCAGGGUAUGAAGAUGCCUAUGGUGGAGCCUAUGCAGAACGAGGACCUGAAGAGGGCCAGGCUGACGGCAAGACAAACGGUCACUGUACAUUCUCAACUGCCGAAAACACAGAAGGAGCACAGGAAGCGACCACGUCACAGACAUCAGAAGGACAGCUACCAGACGGACAGUGGAUGACCCAGUCGUUUGCAGAUCAGAUUCCAGACAUAAGUGGUGGACCAAAGGACAGCAGCAUAUGAGGAAAAAGGCUUUGGUGUCUGUGUGUUGACACAUACAGACUUCAGCCAAGUCAGUCUUUUACCUCUUUUUGUCAGGUUUUAGAUUUUUCCUUUUUACUAGUGUCUGAGCGGAAUAUAAACACAUAGAUGGACCUUUUAGAAAUUUUGCAGAAUAUUCUUUCUGCGCAUUUUAUUUCGUUUGUGGUCUUGUAAACAUGUAUGAUCAUCUUCACGGCAGUCUUUUUAAAUAUGUGAAAUCAGGGACUUGACAAUGUUGCUUGGCUGUCUUUGGAGAAGGUCAUGUAUUUAAACAUUUGUUUUUCCUUUGUACUGUACUGUACUGUACUGCACUGUGAUGCAGUAAACGUAAACUUUUACAGCUACUGUUGUGACAGUAGAUAAACCUUCAGAUGUUAUUUUAUAGGCUUGCCUCAUCUGUGCAGCCUGUCUGAGCCUCUGUUUACAGUGAGGACUGAGCUGGCAUUAAUGUUUUACUUCCAUGGUGCUAUGAACUAACAAGAUGCAAAUUGAUCACUUGUUGAAACCAGACUCCUCAUGAUGUGUCAGAGGUCUGACAGAAUGAACCUCUGAAUCCUUUCAUUACAAUGUUACACAACUCAAAAUGAGUUUAUUUUAAUCUUUUAUCACUUUUUUGAAUUAGGGAUUUUAGAAUUCUGCUCUGUGUUAAUGAAAAUGUCAAUCACAAGGAAUUUUAUGAAACAUUUGUCAAUUAAAAUAUCCUGAUGGUGCUUUUUCUACA